GCCAGGUCCUUAGCAUCCACCAUCAUGGGCUCAACUCUCAGCGACAUUUCUUCACAAAACGCCCUGACUGCCGCUGUCGUCGCCGGCGUACUGGUAUUUGGAUAUCUUUCAUACUCACCCAAAUCCCCGGCUGCCCAGCCCACCGCUGUUACUGCGACUCCGGCUGGCAAGGGAAAGAAGAAGAAGAAACAAGUUGCGUUGACAAAGAGCCCAGAACAUUCCGACAACAUGGGCAAAAUGCAGGACAAGUCGUCUAAGAACAGCCUAGUUGUAGAACCGGCCGUCGUCGCAACCCCAGCGUCCAUUCCUGGCGAAUUUACUGAAACCGGGACAGUCGCCGAACAGCCGACACCAAAGUCAAAGAAGGGAAAGAAGAAGAAAUCCAAAGGUGUGAGGGGGGAGUCUUCAGCGGGAAAGAAUGUCUCUUCCCAGCCCGACCAUUCCGAUGAUGCAUCAGGCACUUCCACAGACCUGAAUUCCCUGCCCACAUCGAAACAGAAACGGCCCUCUCCGCCCGCCGCUGCACCGAUUCCCCAGCUAAAAUCAUCCCCUUCUUUUGAUACCGAUAGUUCCUGGACACGUGUCGAGUCCCAUCCGCGACCUACAAAACGCUCCUCCCAGGAUGCCUCUAAUCAGCUGGGUGUCUCAACGGAGUUCGCUAGUAGUGAUGCUGGCGUUACAAGCUCUGCUACAGGCAACUCUUCUCCUGUUACCGAACGCACAGACGAUAGUGCCUCCGCAAUCGUGGAUGCAGACGCGCCCGGAUCUACAGGGGUAAAUCGAAGAACUCUCGCUGAGAGGCUUCUCCCGAAACCGAGAAAAACUGGUGUUGCAGACAUGCUAGAAGAACCAGAUUAUCCCGGCGUAGCUCGCAUCAUGCGAGUGCAGCCUCGGCCCGGAGAGAAGCCGGCGACAGGCUUCUCAUGGGCAGAUUACGAAGACGUCCAUGUUGACGACGGGAGUGCUGGUUUACAUGAUGCAGACGGAGAAGAUGAAGCUGAAUGGGGCGUUGUGAAGAGCAAAAGUCGCUCUAAACCGAACCGUGCAGAGGCUACGUCCGUAUCCUCAACUCAGAAGGCCCCAGAUACGAUGACGAAACGACAACGACAGAACGCGAAUAAGCGCGAAGCGGAGAAAGCAGCGAAGAGUGAGGUUGAGUCCCAGCGGCUGGCUACCCUCGCAAAACACAAGCGUGACUUGGAGCGUGAACGGAUCAUGGAACAAUACUCACGUAAAGGUGGUGCAAAGACUCUGGGAGGAGGCAUGCAGGCUACCGUUGACGAACGGGGCAAAUUGGUUUGGGAAUAACCAUGUUUCUUUUAGGACAUUUCCCCGUUUUUUCCCCUUGUCUUACCGUUGUGGCAGAUAGAAGUUGUAGUUAUUUUAACGGUCGAGGCUUGCAGUUGAUACCCGGAUUGAGCUAUGCAUUACAACAUUAUAUUUCGUCAAAGCAUGCAAGACAGUAAGAUCCAACUACACUGAUAUCUGAUAUAGUACAUAUAGGAGUCUUUCCCGUUUCACGAUGGCUGAAGAGGGGUAUAAAGCGGAGAAAAAAUAUUGUGGGGACAGUAGAAAGCUACAAGUGGUCAACGUAAGCACGCCAAUGAUUUCUGCACGUAAAAAAGCCUUGAAGCCAAACUAGGAUGUACAAGAAUAUAAUACAGAGUCCGGAAAUGACAGCGGGAAAAAACGCUGUCUCGUUGUGAAGUCAUGUCGCCAGAACAAGAAAAUUUACGGAGCAUUACCGCUCUCUGAUAUCAUAGCUAGGUCCGUGUGUCCGCUCCUUGGACUCGCCUACAUCUCGCCCAGGCUGAAGACUAGGGAGAACAAGGGGUGGAUCACUAUAUCGUCGAGAGAACCCAUGAGGAACAUGUAGCGACAUGCCUGGUCCAGGCACGAUAGUGUUCUCCAUGAGAACAUCGGACGAGCUGCUAGCGACCGAUGUUUCCACUGUCGCAGGGCGGUGGUGCGUACCCGUCGUCGUGCCACUGGGCCUUUCCAAGCCUCUGGUUGUGGGCGCAGACGCUCGCCCAGUAACGUGAGCGUCUGCGCGUGGCAGUUUUUUGACUGGGCAUCGACAUUGUAAGGAGAGGUGAUAGAAGCGAGGGAUAGUGGAGAUUGUUUCAGAGUUGUGGGAGAUUUGGGAUCGGAGAGGCGGCGAACUCCUGGUGGAGGAAGAGGCUGUAUAGAUGUAUGUGACAGGACAGAUGGUGGGCCAUGUGGGGUCCUGGAUGUGAAACUACGCGGAGAUUCAGCUCUGGGAUAGCGAUGUGGUGGCUGGGGUUGUUCUUGAGUGAAUGAUGAUGAUAACGGCAUGCCUUGCUGAUAUAACAUGGUAUUUGUGGAAUGACCCGGCUGGAACGGGCUGACAGCGUCUGAGGGUGCCCCUGGAAUGUCUGCGGGCAUUGCAUACAGAGGCACGUUAACUGGUCCGGGAGGCACGGAGAAAAAACGUGAAACCACCGUUUCCAGGUGGAUAAAUCUGGCUUUCAGUUCCUCAUACUCAGCUCUACUCCUGGACUUGAGAUCUUCGUAUUCUGCUCGGCUAACAUACUUAUCUCUAGAAUUUUGUUUUCCCCGAUAAAAUAGAAAAUCGACAAAAUGAGUUUAUGCCAAAGCCAAUAUAAAAGCAAGAACAU